GGAAGUCUGUGGGUCGGUGUCUAUGUGCCUCACAGCACAACCGCACACAUGGGAGUCGCACACACAGCUGAGAAGUGAGAGAGUCGCUGAUACUGGGGAUGGAGACUAUACACUAAUCCACUUACCGACAUGGAGGGUAUCGGGCCCAUUUGGAAGUCCCAGUAGAUCGGUGUCUUAUUUGGAUAUUUCAGCAUAUCUUGCCCCACAACCUCUGGGGUCCUGCCAAUUGCCCAUCUCCAUCUUAUGUUCCGUUCCCGCCGGUCUGUCUCUGCAAGGCAACUUUGGCGGCAGCGGUGCCUAGUGCCCAGCCGGGGUCAGGGGGAGGGGGCGCCCCCCAGCCCCGAGGAUCUACAGAAUGCCCUGCGGCCUGCAGCCCACCAGCUCUUCAAGAAACUGAAGGAUGAGCAGCUGUGGCAGUUGGCGGAGGCGCUGGAGAGCAGGGGAUCCUGGGAAUGUGGGUGUGUCUUUUUACCAUGGGAUUCACGGAGCGGGAAGCAGCCAUUGCCCCCCCACGUGCUCCUGUGCAAACUCUAUCGCUGGCCGGACCUUCGCCAUGGGGCCGAGCUCAAGAGAUUGAUCCAAUGUGAGAGUUUCUGGAGGAAGAGCGGAGAGGGGACGUCCCUGUGCUGUAACCCCUACCACUUCAGCCGGCUGGCAGCUCCAGAUUCAUCCUCCCCAUUAUCCAUUAAAGCACGGGACCUUCCUCGGUUCUUCCUUGGAGAUACCCCCAUUGCCCGGUCAGUCCAGGGGGGCAAGAUAAGCAGCAUUCGAGGUCGUCAGGACACUACUCUGUCCCGAAGUACCAACAGGGAUGGCUACUGGUGCAAACUGGCAUACUGGGAACACAGGACCCGAGUGGGACGACUCUACAACGUGAGCGAGCCUUCUGUCAACAUUUUCCAUGACCUUCCAAAGGGGAGCGGGUUCUGCCUGGGUUACCUACACUCUGAAACCCGUAACGAGACGGUGAGGCGCACUCGGAAGAAGAUUGGUCAGGGCCUGACCCUUAGUCGUGAGCACGAUGGCAUCUGGGUCUAUAAUCGCAGUGAGCACCCCAUCUUUGUCAACUCCCCCACUCUGGCUCCGGUGAGUGGCCGUGGGCAGUCGGUCUACAAAGUGCUGCCAGGAUACUCCAUCAAAGUGUUUGACUCUGAGCAAGGGGUCAGCAUGUCCGGUUACAAUUACCUGGGGGAUGGGCCCUGUGACCCCCACAGUGUGCGCAUCAGCUUUGCUAAGGGCUGGGGGUCUUCAUACUCCCGGCAGUUCAUAACCUCCUGCCCAUGCUGGCUGGAAAUUCUCCUUAGCCCCUCAAGGUAUUCAAGAGAUGAGAGUAUCUCCACAAGGAACCAUGUCAUGUAGGCUCCAUAAUGAAAAGAAGACUACCCCCCCAAGGCCAACUACCAAUGAAACCUGGGGGAUGAUGUGUGACCUGCUGAACCCAUGAGAGAUGUGUUGGUUGAGCAUCAUUGAAGGAUCUCUGACCUCUUCAAUCAUCUAAAGGUUCCUCAUGGGAACAGACAUCCAUGUUUCCAUAUUGUUCCUCCUUAACAUCGGCAGCAUCCAGACCCCCAGGUCCCGAAACCUUUACUAAAAGAGGUGCCAACAUGGAGCCCAUUAAGUGCCCCAACUUUGUGCCAGAUUAGGUCUUCUUCUUACUUCUUCUUCUGACUCCACUCUUUGUCCCGUAUCAGCCGACCAGUCUCUCUGAAUUCUUUACAGUCCCACAAGAUCCUGUAGAACCAUACACUCGACUGAUCCAUAGACUUGUCUUACCUGUGUAAUGAAGCUGCAGCCGUUGCACCUGGAGCUGUGCCCUCCAUACCCUCAAAUCUGUACCCCAAAUUUACUAUGCAGUAUGCAUUAUCUUCAAGCAGUUGUUUCCCAGAAUCCUUUGCUAUGUUUCAGUUUGGUGUGCACUCUGAUUGGAUAAUGGUUUUUGAUUGCAUUUGUCUGGGACCAAUAAUUCCACGCCUGGUCACCUGGGAGUGUCCUAUAGAGCUGCAGAACUGAGUGAGAACAAGCCAAUCACAGGCCUUCUCUUCAUUCCAUUGGACAAAUCUUCAUAGCAAACUUUCCAUGGGCCCAUCAGGGGUCAUCUUUGCAGCAAGGGGGAGGGGGACAGUUCAGCUGCCCAAUCAUAGAUGAGGUUUUGAGUUGGGGGGGUAAAGAAUGUGUGAGUAGAUCUGGGAAAGCUGUUUUCCUUAACAUGCUGUUGAACUACAACUCCCAGUAUCUGCCAUCAGCCAAUGAGAAGUGUAGUUCAGUGAGCCCAAGUAGGUCGUGGGAAGUGAGAAGGUAAUUAGGAAGGUGAAGAGACGUAAGUGGGAAGGGGUGAGUGUCCGGGCCGAGCACUUGGGGAGAGGAGGGAAAGUGAAUAGAAGGAAAUGGGGG